CAUCGCAAUUAGGCAAAGCAGCCGAUGCAACAGAAGAGGAAUCGAAAAAUGAAAAAGAAUUUGUGCGGGGCGAUGUAGAACGAAAAGAAUUUGAAAAACUAAAAAAGGAGGAAAUGAAAGAACAUGAAGGAAAUUGGGACUUAAUCACAGCAUUUAUUUCCUUUGGACGAAACGUUGGACAUAAAUUACGUGGAAUGACAUACGGAGAAGUGAAGUUUCUUACUGAUCCAAAUACUCGUGAAUUAUUUAAUCGAGUUAACCCUGCACAUCCAUUUCACGCUUUUGAAUCACGAGAAUGGCACGACCGAAGAGUUCCGAAUCCUUUAGUUGCACGAGUUGUCCCCACGGAAGGUGCUGUUGCCAAAGACCCGAAAGCUCCGACCACCACCUCUGUGAUGGCUGCAAAGUCUCCAGCUUAUAAUUCUGCAACCGUAACUAGUAUAAUUUCACCAACACCACUUGUACUAGCACCACUUGUACCAACACCGCUUGUACCAACACCGCUUGUACUAACACCGCUUUUGGCAAAAGAGACCAGUAAUCAGGUACCUCCAAUAGGUGCUGUCGCCGUAGUAAAGCAUACAUAUCCUCCUAUAAAUGUUUCCGAGAUUGAAGCUGCUGCUGUAUUAAUACCUGCUGCCGCCGCAGUGUUACAAGCUGCUGCCGGAAUCGGUGUCGGUUUAGCUGGUGUGGCUGCUAGUGCGAUUGGCGCGGCCUAUUACUUCAAAAAUAAGGAUAAAAAUGAACAAAAUGGUAAUGGCGGAGGUGGUAAUGGUAAAGAUGAUGAUGAACCAAAAACGGGAAUUAAAAUUGAUUCUCAUGGUCCCUCGUCAACAUUUGUUGAUCCUGACGAUGACAAUGAUGCUACUAAAUCUGCAGCGGGGGAAGACACGAUUUUCGGUUCACAAGCUGCGUCUACUUCGCAGCCUGAAUUAGUUCAAGAUACUGUAGG